GCCGGCAGUGGAGCGUAAUGUGGCUCGUCAAACGUGCAGUGGUGUUUGGGAUAGUUGGGAGCAGAGGUGUUGUGAGAGCUAUGUCAGCACAGGCGGAAGACUGGCGUAAUGCCAAAACCAUUUAUGAGUUCUCAGCCAAGGACAUCGAUGGUAACGAGGUGUCUCUGGAGAAGUACAGGGGCUACGUCUGUAUCAUCACCAACGUAGCCUCCAAAUGAGGCAAGACCCCCGUAAACUACACUCAGCUUGCGAAGAUGCACGCCACGUACGCUGAGAAAGGUUUACGCAUCCUAGGAUUCCCCUGCAACCAGUUUGGAAAACAGGAACCGGGCACAGAGGAGGAGAUCAAGGAGUUUGCUAAGGGCUACAAUGCAGAGUUUGAUCUCUUCAGCAAGAUCGACGUGAACGGAGACAACGCCCACCCUCUUUGGAAGUGGAUGAAGGAACAGCCCAAGGGGAAAGGAACACUGGGAAACAACAUCAAGUGGAAUUUCACCAAGUUUCUUAUCAACAGAGAGGGGCAAGUCGUGAAGAGAUACUCGCCAAUGGAUGAUCCAAGCGUGGUGGAAAAGGAUCUCCCCAGUUACCUGUAGACUGUCUGAGAGCAGCUGAAGUCCUGCCCCCCUCCUCUGUGUCCGUCCACCCCUCCCCCCCUCCCCCC